AUGGUGCUGGCAAAGAAAUGGAUAUACGUUAAGCGCCCGGAUGGCGAACCCAAACCGACGGAUUUCUCCAUUGAGGAAGAAGAACUACCUGAACUGGAAUCUGGAGAUUUUCUCGUUGAAACGUUGUACUUCAGUCUCGAUGCCGGCCUCCGUGGGUACAUGGAGAUUGGUAUACUGCCGGUCGGUAGUCCAGUGAUCGGUAUGGUGAUCGCGAAAGUGAUCGAAUCAAGGAACGAAUCGUUUCCGCGUGAUGCACAUGUGUGCGCCCGAAUAGGUUGGUGUACCCAUGCCAUCCUCAAUCCGACCAAGCGCAAAGACCAAACGCUCUAUCAGGUGCCCGAGCUGGAGGGAUAUUCUCCCGCGAUCGGGCUAGGUGCGCUCGGUCUGUCUGGCAAUACAGCGUAUUUCGGGUUUCUGGAAAUUUGUAAACCGAAGCAGGGUGAAACGGUGGUCGUAAGUGCGGCUGCCGGUGCGGUCGGACAUUUGGUCGGCCAAAUAGCCAAAACAAUGGGCUGUUACGUAGUAGGCGUUGCUGGAUCGGAAGAAAAGCUGCGCGUUCUUAAGAAGCUCGGUUUUGAUGCCGUCAUCAACUAUCGUGCCGGCUCUGUUCGGGAACAAUUGGUUAAUGCCACACCGAAAGGCGUCGACUGUUACUUUGACAAUGUUGGCGGUGAGCUAACGGAGCUGGUACGAGAACGGAUGAAUCUUUACGGUCGAAUUUCCGUGUGUGGCACUGUGUCGAGCUACAAUGGGAAACCGGCCCCGGUAACGGAUCCGCAGCGUGAUUUUGUCACCAAGCAACUGCGCCAGGAAGGGUUCGUUGUGUUCCGAUGGCUGAACAGGUGGCAGGAGGGCAUCACACAAAUGCUAGAGUGGAUCAAGGAGAAAAAGCUGGUGCAUCUAGAAACGGUGUACGAGGGCUUUGAAAAUGCGCCGGAUGCGUUUAUAAAAAUGCUGCGUGGUGAUAACAUUGGAAAGUCCGUCCUUAAGGUGUAA